AGGACUGGCGCACGCGUGAAGUAGGGAAUGAUGGUGGAUAGGUUGGCAACGCAUCACGCUUGAUGAUAGCUAUCGAUUUCCAACAGUUCACUAGAGCUAAUAGAUCGAACAUCACUCAAAGGUACUUGCUGUUACUAGCACUGUAGCUAGUUCCCGUAGAACGACACCCUGGAACAUAAAAAAAUGCCGAACAUUAAGAUAUUUAGCGGUAGCUCCCAUCGGGAACUGUCUCACAAAAUCGCCGAUCGUCUUGGGAUGGAACUCGGGAAGGUUGUGACCAAGAAAUUCAGCAAUCAAGAAACAUGUGUUGAGAUCGGAGAGAGUGUCCGUGGAGAGGAUGUCUACAUCGUACAGAGCGGAUGUGGGGAGAUCAAUGAUAAUCUGAUGGAGCUGCUGAUUAUGAUCAAUGCGUGUAAAAUCGCCUCGGCCUCCCGGGUCACAGCCGUCAUCCCCUGCUUCCCCUACGCACGGCAGGACAAGAAGGACAAGGUGGGGAGUCGGGCGCCCAUCUCAGCCAAGCUGGUGGCUAACAUGCUGUCUGUGUCUGGGGCUGACCACAUCAUCACUAUGGACCUCCACGCCUCACAGAUCCAGGGUUUCUUCGACAUCCCGGUGGAUAACCUGUAUGCUGAGCCUGCUGUACUGAAGUGGAUCAAGGAGAACAUCGCAGAGUGGAAGACCUGCACCAUCGUCUCUCCAGACGCAGGGGGAGCCAAGAGAGUGACGUCCAUAGCGGACAGACUCAACGUGGACUUUGCUCUGAUUCACAAAGAGAGAAAGAGGGCCAACGAGGUGGAUCGCAUGGUGCUGGUCGGGGACGUCACGGACCGGGUAGCCAUCUUGGUGGAUGACAUGGCAGACACCUGUGGUACUAUCUGUCACGCGGCCGACAAGUACAUUUGGAGGUUCUAUAUUACCACACACAGUUUCUUAAGGAGAUACUGUCCCUCCACCCUCAGGCUGAUCUCAGCUGGUGCUACCAAGGUGUAUGCCAUCCUGACCCACGGUAUCUUCUCUGGCCCGGCCAUCUCCCGCAUCAACAACGCCUGCUUCGAGGCCGUGGUCGUCACCAACACUAUCCCUCAGGAGGAGAAGAUGAAGACCUGUCCUAAGAUACAGGUGAUUGACAUCUCUAUGAUCCUGGCUGAGGCCAUCCGCAGGACCCACAACGGGGAAUCUGUUUCCUACCUCUUCAGCCACGUCCCCUUGUAACGCCACACACACACACACACACACACACACACACACACUGAGUCACCUGGUGCACCGUUCAGGAGGACACACCACAGAACAUUCAGAUAGAACAGACAUGGCCAUCUCUCAUGCAGAAUAGGGAAUUUGGGGAACAGAUAUGAUUGUCUUUUAGGUAGAAUAAGGAAUGUGGAGUCGGCUCUUCAUUCCAUUUCUAUGCCCAGUAUUCUGGAAUGUUUCUCAUCAUUGAAUAGAAUCCAGCCCUAGUGUUCUGUUACACCAAACAGAGGAAGAGAGCGAAUGUCCUAUACAAACACCAGGGUUGGGCUCAAUUCCAUUUCAAUACCAGUCAAUUCAAGAAGAACACUGACAUUCCAAUUCUCUUCAAUGCUUUUGAAUUAGGAAAAUGUGGAAUUGGAUUUGGGAUUAGGUUUACUUUCUGAAUUGACUGAGUUUGAAAUGGAAUUGACACCAACCGGGGGAAACACAACCAUUAUAUUAGCAUCACUCUGCUGCUAAUGCUAACAAACCAUGUAAUAAUUACAAUUAGUAGGAUCAAUGAUUAUUAAUAACAUGUUCAUUUUGAGUCUCUCUCUCCCCUAAACAGUGAUAGCAUCCCAAAUGGCACCCUUUUCCUACAUAUUGAGCUUAUUUUGACAAGUGCCAUAUGGGCCCUGGUCAAAAGUAGUGCACUGUAUUGGGAGUAGGGUGCAAUGUCUAUCGGGGGGGGAAGGUAAGCUUUGAUUAUUUAUUUUAAGUGGGUGAACUCACAUACAUACAUACAUACAUGCAUACAUACAUACAAAAAAGUAUUUAGUCAGAUACCAAUUGUGCAAGUUCUCCCACUUAAAAAGAUGAGAGAGGCCUGUAAUUUUCAUCAUAGGUACACUUCAACUAUGACAGAAAAAAUCCAGAAAAUCACAUUUGUAGGAUUUUUUUAAUGAAUUUAUUUGCAAAUUAUGGUGUAAAAUAAGUAUUUUGGUCACCUACAAACAAGCAAGAUUUCUGGCUCUCACAGACCUGUAACUUCUUCUUUAAGAGGCUCCUCUGUCCUCUACUCGUUACCUGUAUUAAUGGUACCUGUUUGAACUUAUCAGUAUAAAAGACACCUGUCCACAACCUCAAACAGUCACACUCCAAACUCCACUAUGGCCAAGACCAAAGAGCACCAGGCUGGGAAGACUGAAUCUGCAAUAGGUAAGCAGCUUGGUUUGAAGAAAUCAACUGUGGGAGCAAUUAUUAGGAAAUGGAAGACAUACAAGACCACUGAUAAUCUCCCUCGAUCUGGGGCUCCACGCAAGAUCUCACCCUGUGGGGUCAAAAUAAUCACAAGAACGGUGAGCAAAAAUCCCAGAACCACACGGGGGGACCUAGUGAAUGACCUGCAGAGAGCUGGGACCAAAGUAACAAAGCCUACCAUGAGUAACACACUACGCCGCCAGGUACUCAAAUCCUGCAGUGCCAGACGUGUCCCCCUGCUUAAGCCAGUACAUGUCCAGGCCCGUCUGAAGUUUGCUAGAGAGCAUUUGGAUGAUCCAGAAGAAGAUUGGGAGAAUGUCAUAUGGUCAGAUGAAACCAAAAUAUAACUUUUUGGUAAAAACUCAACUCGUCAUGUUUGGAGGACAAAGAAUGCUGAGUUGCAUCCAAAGAACACCAUACCUACUGUGAAGCAUGGGGGUGGAAACGUCAUGCUUUGGGGCUGUUUUUCUGCAAAGGGACCAGGACGACUGAUUCGUGUAAAGGAAAGAAUGAAUGUGGCCAUGUAUCGUGAGAUUUUGAGUGAAAACCUCCUUCCAUCGACAAGGGCAUUGAAGAUGAAACGUGGAUGGGUCUUUCAGCAUGACAAUGAUCCCAAACACACCGCCCGGGCAACGAAGGAGUGGCUUCGUAAAAAGCAUUUCAAGGUCCUGGAGUGGCCUAGCCAGUCUCCAGAUCUCAACCCCUGAGAAAAUCUUUGGAGGGAGUUGAAAGUCCGUGUUGCCCAAGCAACAGCCCCAAAACAUCACUGCUCUAGAGGAGAUCUGCAUGGAGGAAUGGGCCAAAAUACCAGCAACGGUGUGUGAAAACCUUGUGAAGACUUACAGAAAACAUUUGACCUCUGUCAUUGCCAACAAAGGGUAUAUAACAAAGUAUUGAGAAACUUUUGUUAUUGACCAAAUACUUAUUUUCCAUCAUAAUUUGCUAAUAAAUUCAUUAAAAAUCCUACAAUGUGAUUUUCUGGAUUUUUUUCACCUCAUUUUGUCUGUCAUAGUUGAAGUGUACCUAUGAUGAAAAUUACAUGCCUCUCAUCUUUUUAAGUUGGAGAACUUGCACAAUUGGUGGCUGACUAAAUACAUUUUUGCCCCACUGUACGUACAUGCAUACAUACAUACAUACAUACAUGUAUUUACCUAAUGUGAACAUUCUCCUCCUCCUUCAUAAUACUGCUGUUACAGUACUUCUGCUAUGCUACAAAAAGAGGGUGAGAUAGAUGGUUGGAUGUUGACUGACUUCAGGUCAGUGGAGGCUGCUGAUUGGACAACAGCUCAUAAUAAUGGCCAGAACGGUAUCAAACACCUGGAGAACUUGUUGGAUCUAUUUGACACCAUUCCACCUAUUCCACUCCAGCCAUUACCAUGAGCCCAUCCUCCCCAAUUAAGGUGCCACCAACCUCCUGUGCUUCAGGUAUUUUAUUAUUUUGGUCAUUUAAUUUUAUCAGUUUUAUCAAAGACGAGGUCAUAGUAAGUUAAGUGAAUCAGAAUGAGCUAUAGUUUACAAUGCCACUGAUGUUCCUCUGGGUGAUUCAACAUAGUCUGUAGAGACUUAAGUCUUUAAAAAAAAAGGGCAAUCCAGGAUUGAUACUUAUAUUUUUGGGCUUCUAAAUUAAUUAUAUAUAGCCACUGAAUAAUAUAACGUAUAAAUGCCUCUUACGUGACCUGCAUCCGUAGCUCUGUCUAGGAAUUUGAGUGGGUACACUCCUUCAACCCCAUCCCUCAGCUGCUAAGCUAAACAAGUAGCAGGGUGACUGCCUCUCUUAAGACUAUUGGGAAUCAUUCUUUCAGUGUGGGUGCAGAGGAGGCAGGUUUUGCUCUUCGAGGUUGUCGUUUUGAAGUUGUCUAGAAGCUGUUGGUUUUUAGCUGGAGGUCAUAGCUCUGCAGGAUGGAGCUUCCUAGAAAACAUAAGUCUUUAUCUGCUAUUUUACAUAUUUACUUCAUUUUUUUCAAUAACAUUUGUAUAAUAAACUCUCGAAAGUGGUAUCCGUCUGACUUUUAAAGUUUCGUGUAUGUUGCUUAUAUUCUGUUUUAGCAUAAGAUGAAUCAGUGCACCAAAUAUGUGAUGGCUGAAUGUGAUCUUAUUAAAGAGAUGGUGAAAAUGAA